GAAAUAUAUGACCCAGAUCACGUCAUCAGUUGGCUCGACCGUCUGUUCGUAUUAAUCUGGCCUGGAAAUAAGAAAGAAGUAUUACAAAGUGGUGCAGUGCCUUACGAACCAUUCCAAAUAGUUUUAUUUCAUAUUCCUCAGAGAUCGCGUCACUAUUAACGUCAUCAGAGGAGCAAACAUUCUAUCAUAGUUUGAAAUCAACAGUAUAUGUAGCUCUCCAUAGUCCUAGAUUUUAGGCCAGCGGUGUAGACAACUUAUAGGUAGACAGAUAACACAGAUUUGAAACAUAAAACUAUAUUCAUCAUGGCAGAAAACAUCGUCGUACCUAUAACUGAAAUACGAGAGGAAUUCGCCACGUGUGAAAUCUGUCUGGAUGGAUUUGACGACGGGGUUAGAACUCCCAGAACUCUACCCUGCCUCCAUACCUUUUGUUGUGAAUGUCUCGAAAAAAUGUGGGGAGCAGCUGCACAAGGGGUGAAAUGUCCCAAGUGCCGAAAGAUUUGGCCCGUCCAAGGUUCCAUCAAAUCCUCAUUUUGGCAAAACAACAUGUUGAUGUACAUGGUGGAAUAUAUCAGUUUUAAGAAAACGUUAAGCGAUGUACUGUGUUACCAAUGUCCUGAUAACAACAAGGCCACUGUUCGGUGUCUCGAAUGUGAGAAAUAUCUUUGUGAGACCUGCGAUAGACUGCAUGCAAGGUUUCUAGAAAAACACAAGCCAGUUUCUUUAACAGAAUUAGUUGACACACCACGAAAGUUACUUCAAACAAACAGCAUGUGUCCAGUUCAUGGUGACAAGAAUAUUGACGUAUAUUGCAAGAGUAGGACGUGCGAGAAAGCAAUGUGCACUACUUGUGCCCUCGUGUCUCACAAAGUACACGAUAUUUGUGACCUCCGAGAAUUCUGUGUUGCCAGAAAAAAACAAAUCAAUUCCUCAUUAGAAGCUCUGAAGAAAGUAUCAGAAUCACAAACAGAAUACACAAGCAAGCUUGAAGAGCAGAAUGCUAAGCUAGAUAAAAUGCACGAGCAGCUGAUUGAGGACAUUGAUGAACAUUCCAGUAAACUUGUAGAAAAGGUUGAACAAAGUUCAACGAAACUGAAAAGCUUGGUUAAGGAAAAUAUAGCAAAGCAAAAGGCCAAGAGAGAUGAACAAAUCGCGCUGGUUGAUAAGUCAAAAGAGCUGAAAGCAGAUCAUGUCUUGUAUUGUCAGCAGGCGCUGUCAUUUGCCCGAGACGUGGAAUUUGUUGAGAUGGAUGAAUCAUUGGAGAAGAAAUGUAAAUCAUUCAUGGACGACUUACAACUGGUUGAGUUGCAGGUACAAGAUGUCUCGCUGGAUACAGACGCUUAUGUGAAUCUAGAGAAGAGCAUUGGACAGAUGUCCAUACACGAAGCUGAUUCCUGGAAGCCGUCAUAUGAAUACCCCAAUGACCCACUCAUCCAGUCCUCGUAUUCAGCUGAUAUGUCACCACCAAUGGGAUACUUGUCUCAAGGUACAUAUCCAACAUCUAGUAAUAUGACGUCUUAUAGGAAGAAACGUCGUAAGAAAAAACCCAAUCACAGCAAGUAUCAAAGAGGAAAACCGAUAUCUCGGCGCAUGCCUGCCAGACAGCGGCAGUAUAAUAAUGAUGAUGAUGAUGAAUGAUGAUGAU